AUGACAUUGAUCUUAGAAAAUAUAAUUCAAAUAAAAAAGAUUUAUCGUCAUAGGUCACCAACAUCAGCAAUUAUUUCUGAUGUUAAAAAAGCAAAACAACGAAAAGCUAUUCAUCAAAUGACUUCUUAUGAUGAGGCUGAUGAACAUCCACCACUUCCAAUUAAGAAACCAACUUCAAUAACAACAGUAGAGAAUAAAAAUGAUAAUCAAUUAGAUGCGAAUGAUACAGAUCAUGAAGGUCGUUUUCUUGAACUUACAAAACAGGAUAAUCCACCUGCAUCUCUAAUCAAACGUUUGCCAACUAAUCAAGCUUUUCCACAAUUGCAAUAUCUUACAUUUGGUUCUCGUCGUUUCAUGCUCACACCACCAGAACUAGUUGCUAAACAGAUUUUAUCAUGGCUCGAUGCUCUCCUAUUUCCUACAUCAAAAUUAGUCAUUUUACAUUUAAAUAGACGUUGUUCUUUUUUUCUAACUCGUCCUCCAACAGCUCGUGACGUGUUCAGAAUGCUUCUCGAUCAACAUGUUCAAUCGAUGAAUCAUCAUUCACCAGCAAAAAUAAUUAUCGAUUCGAACGAAGAAGUCAUUAUUUGGCUUUAA